AUGGAUGUAUUGAAAGUGUCCCCUCCUGUCAUCCCCCCUCCUGUCAUCCCCCCUCCUGUCAUUAGCCCUCCUGUCAUCCCCCCUCCUGUCAGUCCCCCUCCUGUCAUCCCCCCUCCUGUCAUCCCCCCUCCUGUCAUCCCCCCUCCUGUCAUCCCCCCUCCUGUCAUCCCCCCUCCUGUCAUCCCCCCUCCUGUCAUCCCCCCUCCUGUCAUCCCCCCUCCUGUCAUCCCCCCUCCUGUCAUCCCCCCUCCUGUCAUCCCCCCUCCUGUCAUCCCCCCUCCUGUCAUCCCCCCUCCUGUCAUCCCCCCUCCUGUCAUCCCCCCUCCUGUCAUCCCCCCUCCUGUCAUCCCCCCUCCUGUCAUCCCCCCUCCUGUCAUCCCCCCUCCUGUCAUCCCCCCUCCUGUCAUCCCCCCUCCUGUCAUCCCCCCUCCUGUCAUCCCCCCUCCUGUCAUCCCCCCUCCUGUCAUCCCCCCUCCUGUCAUCCCCCCUCCUGUCAUCCCCCCUCCUGUCAUCAGCCCUCCU